AUGGAAGGCUUCCCAGGAGAUCAAGAGGCCUUUGGACGCGUUUGUGAUCUCAUUAUUGGCAAAGCUCUUGAGUAGUAUGUGAAAUUUUGAUUGUCUUUUACGUUAGUGCGAUCGCUCAUUUUACCAGCAGGAAAAAGUUCCAGUCUAAGAACUCCGUGUUGCUUUGUUUUAUUGUCCCCGUAACAACAGCAUCAUAAUUGGGAUUAGUUCAAAGACUGAAACUAAACCAUUUGGAAUUAUUAACAACCAACUUUGCUUUUAAUACUUUACGUCUUGUGGUAUGCUUCUUUGUCGCGUCUUAAAGCAUAAUGGUGCAAUGAUGGUCCAACGAUAGUGCAAUAAUGGCCCGAUUUAUACUAGAGACGGAUCAUCCGUCAUACGGAUAAUCCGUCCAAGUAUAAAUCCGAAGUCGAAUUUUGACGAAUAAUCUGUCUAGAUAUAAAUCGUUCACGAGUUUCACGACGGGUGUCUCGGUGUUGAGCCGAGUGGAAGCCUGACGAGAGCUUAAAUAUGGCGGCUCUCGUAGCCUUGUUGAUGAAAUCGAGAAGAACAGCAUUGGAUAUGGCGGUAUAUCAGAGAAGAAUUUCCUCUGUCAAGCGCAUGUUUGAGUCGGAAAAUAGCUUAAUGAACUUCAUGUUACCCUUUUCUCUCGCUAAUCUUGCUCAAGAUAGGAAGACAAGAGGAAGUGAUUACACCAACGGUGUAAUCACUUCCUCUGUAUUGUGGGUCAUAUAUAACUUCUGCGAAGACGUCCGUGUCUUGAUCUGUCCAAGUCAACUUCUUGUUUGCUUUCUCCUUCUUUUUUGUGAUUGCUUUCGAGGGGACGAUUAAUUUACCGGACGCCAUCUUGAAAUAGGCAUCCCAGGAAACCUUGCAAAACUAUAGAAACCAGUCUCUCUCAUAUGGACACUUCGUCAAAAACCGUCUUCGUUUUCCGUCUAGAUAAAAAUUUAGAGACGGAUGAUCCGUGUAAGACGAGCUAUCCGUCUGUUAGCACGUCUUCAAGACGUGCUGACAGACGGAUCAGCCUGAGACGAAUUUUGCUCCAUAAUUCGUCUUAGUACCGAAUUUAUAUUUAGACGAGUUAUCCGUCUGAGACGGAUGAUUCGUCUCUGACGGGUAACUCGUCUCUAGUAUAAAUUCGGCCAAUGGUGCAUUGAUGGUGCAAUGAUAAGGCCCCUUUGGUUUUUGUCUGAUAUUGCUUCACUCUUUAGAACGACUGAUGAAAGCAACCUUAAUAGAUUCGUAAGUGAGCGAAAAUAAUACUUAAUACUUAGUUUUUUCCCGUUGUUGCAACCUUUUCUGCAUUUAUGGAAUUGUUAAAAAAAACUUUGAAAGAACUCAGUUGGCACCUACGUCCUGGCGCACGCAGUUACGGACUUUGUUUCAUAUUUAUUGUUGAAUUGCAGGUGUGCGCUCAUUGUUUGAUUCAAAAGAUUUAAGCUGACGUAAUAUGUUUUGUGGCGCAUACGAAAUAAAGUGGAUUUGGAAUUUUUGAGUCGAACUGGACUUGUAUUGUUCCUUCGGUUUUAAAAGGGGUUUUCCAAUCGAUUUACGGGUUUUGUGGGCUGUUGGGAAAACCGUCAGGACACCUACCCUGCAGGCAAUCUUACGAUUCAUAAUCCAGUCUCUAACUUAAAUGGUAUAACUUUCCCCGGCCCUGACGUUGACUUUGGAUGUCAAAUUUUUAGUCCCUUUCACUGAACUCGUAGGGUUACCCUAGCAUUCACACCACAUACUACCAAAUCAUAGAACUAUUUGCAAUUUGUCUUUUCUCUCUAUUACAGCUACAUGAGAUCCGAAUACAGCAAUAUUUUUGAAACGCAUCAGUGUCGCCCACAUGCAUAUGGGCACACUUGGAGCGCUGGGUACGAACUCGCUUCAGGAAUGCUCCACGGUCAGGCUGUGGCCACUGGGAUGGGCUUUGGUGCCUAUCUCUCUCUCUGCACCGGUUGGAUUACGCAACACGAGUUUGAUCGGAUCCUGAAACUCCUCAGUGACCUUGGAUUAUCUUUGUGGCACCCUGUCAUGGAAGAUUCUCAGGCUCUGUACCAAAUCCAGGCAAGCGUUAUUGAGAAGCGGGCGGGAAACUUAGUGGCACCAGUACCCAAAGGACUCGGGAAGUGCGGUUACAUUAACGACAUGCCUUAUGAGCUGCUUGACAAGCGCCUCGGAGAGUACCGGAAGGUCACCCAAGGAUAUCCAAGGCAGGGGGUAGGCAUUGAAGUGCACUGCAAGGAUAUUGGGCUUGAGGAUCCGGCCACUGUUGGAAACGUCAAUAGGGAACUCCCCAGUCAAGACGCUAAGGAUAAUGCAUCAGUGAACGAGUGCCAUCUCGAAGCUGUUAAGAAGUCGGGUAUCUAACGCAUUGAACUACGUGACCGUGUGUAAUAUCAGAUACCGUUUUUACCCUUCAAUAAUCGUUUUAUAGAGAAUCGAAAAAAAACAUAGAGGAGCAAUCUUUGCAACUGUGAAUUGUUCAGAAUGUGUCUUGCAUAACCUUGAUGUUACAUGCAAUAAAAACAAUAGCGAUUCCGAUAGUUUGAAAAUUAGAGAAGUGAACGAUGACAUUUUACGAUAGGAUAAUUUUCCCGUUGCUCCAAAAUAAUUUAAACAAUUAAUUAAUUUUAGAUCCAAUUCUGGAAUCUCAAUUCGCUUUUAAAUAUCUUAGAAUUUUUUAGCCAAUAAUUGUCAAUUAUCUGUUAGAUUUAAUUUUAUACUUUAGGUGAUUAAAUUCAAAUAGCCCCAAAAUUGUCAGAGCCUCAAAGCAUAUCGUUUUCAAAUAAAGGAUUUGAUGAUCAAUCGAUUGAAUGAUUAACCCUUUGGGCCUUAAAAGUGAUCAGCAUCUAAUUUCUCCGUAUAAUAUCACUCCUAAAUCACACAGUAAGGUUACAAGAAUAAAGGAAAUGAUCACCAG